UCGAGGCCACCAUCCCCUCCUCGUCGUCCUCAAUGCAGCGCGCACAGCUUCCGUCAACGCCGAGCAUUGCCUCCGCCGCAUUCACAUGGCAUCGUGAGAGAACUGGCGUUCUCCAGCCUCGAGGUUUCCUCGUAGGAGACGAGGACCUGUGUGUAUCACGCUAUCCUGUGCAGUCUCCGUCUCAUUAAGCCAGGUCUCCUGACCCAAGGUGUUACCGCCUUGCAUAGAAUACAGAUAUUAUGAACACCGCCGGAUGAUAAUGAGGUGUCGGUACCCUCGGUUUGUCCUGUAUGUGGAUGCUAACUAGGAAAGAACGGAAGCCCCCGAGUACCCUUCGAUUGCGUUUUGACCGCGCUCAUAGAAAAUUGAGGAUACAAAAGCAAGGAUUGACGAUGGAACGUAUACUAUUACCCAAUGAACUCCCCUCAUGGACGAACGCAGGACAUCCCCUUGGUCCCAGUCGCUAUCUUUUGGGACUAUGAGAAUUGUUCGCCCCAUCAUAGUGCAGGCUACGCUGCAAUAGAUAACAUCAGGCAGAUUGCCCAUAAUUACGGCGCAGUCAAGCUCUUCAAAGCAUACCUCGAGCUUUCUGAACAGAAUUCUCCGCGUUCCAUCGGCCUGCGCUCCGAGCUGCAGUCAUGUGGGGUGUCUCUCACCGAUUGUCCGCAUAAUGGCAGGAAGGAUGUUGCAGACAAGAUGAUGAUAGGUGCUCCCUGUCCCUCCCCUGGCCUAGUCCACCACUUAACCAUCAGCGUUCUAGUUGAUAUGCUGACGUACGCCAUCGACACGCCGGCACCAGCCACCAUUAUCCUAAUUUCCGGAGACCGUGAUUUCGUUUACGCGGCCUCUAUCCUCAGGUUUCGGCGGUACCACGUCGUGAUUAUUGCUCCUCCAUCGGCACAUACCUGUCUCAAAUCAGGGGCUUCGGAACUCUUGGAUUGGGAUCGUGACGUCUUAAAGAAGCCCUCGCGAGAUCAACAUACGCGACAUGUCAGUGCAGACGCCGCCUCUCUUGGCCGAGGGCAAUGGCCAGACUUCGACGUUGGUGCUCGAGGACGCGCGAUUCAAUCUUCUGUCAGUGCUGUUUCCAACUCAGCCGCCCACGGGAGCGGUCGUCGACAUUCGUUCGUCGCUCGUUCCAGCGUCAAGCCUACUUCGAUGUAUCCACUGUGUCCAGGUUCGGCAGCACCACCAGAGAUGUUAUGCGUGCCGAUGCCGCACAGUUCUCCCUCUACCCCGUAUCCGCACGUCCAUGCGUUGAAGCCAGACGCUGCCGCGCCGUUCGCCCGAGAAGGAACGUCAAGGACCAUUCGUGUGGAUAGCAACGUUCUUCAAACGGAAUUGAAUAAUAUAGCCUCCAAUUCAAACACGCCGAUUAGCCCGGGGACAACUGCUUCUGCGGUUUUCUCCGAGUUCGAGCAGACAUCUCCAACGCUUUGCGAAGACUGUCCAGAUGGCACAAGCAGCUGCAAGGCAGUCGAGAGCCCUGGGAUAAUUUCACCCAUUGGCGAAGAAGUUUGUCCAGGCUCCGCAGCUGCUAGCGUACAACGCAGUGACACAAUCAACGUUGUCUCACCGAUUCCAUGCGAACUCUCGACAAUAGCCACUACCGCCGACUCAGCACCCCAACUAAGCGUCAGGCCGCCCACGCCCAUCAUCCCUGCUCCCGACACCCUCACGGAGGUUUUAGAUCACCGGAGAGAACUUGAUAGCCUAGCGUUCCUCCCUCUGAGCGAUACACAAGGGAGGAUGUGCUCGCCCACUAUCCCUACGUUCGCCACCGAUGCGCCUGCGCACAUAGGCACGGUCUCCACAAACUACCUCCGUCCCGGACCACUCUGCCUUUCAGUUGUCUCUCUGGACUCUAUGCCGCCCGUAGAUCCUUUUCAGAGUCUCGUCGACGUUCUGGACUCCGCACGGCGUGCCGGGCAAACGAAAAUGCUUCGCUCGCAUUUAGCGAUUCAGCUCACCAAGCGGAAUGAACGAGUCUAUCGGGAUGCGGGGGUGACGAAGUUCAAGGAAUUCGCCGCGCUCGCGCAGCAACAGGGCAUUAUAGAGCUUGGCGGGUCAGAGGGAAGCGCGUGGAUAGCCUUGCUCCCUCCUUGGUACGGCCGCGGACGACGUCUCGCCUGAUGGUCGAGCGGUCGCACCAAACCCGCCUUUCGACAGUUCAAGUCCGGGUUUGUGGCUCAAGUCACUUGCCGCGACUUUUGCUGUUCCAUACAUGGUCAUACCGGCCUAUGGCGAUUCUAGUAGCUUCCUAUGCGACCGCUCAGUGUAGAUAGCGCAGGGGCUGUAGUUGGAUAGUGCCUAUACGAGACAGAUGGACAAAGCAUACGCGACCUGUCGCAAUUGUAACUCUAGAUGUGAUAGUAUGUAGCGCAAUUUUAACUCCUCUAUAUGCACUGUAG